CACAUGUGGUGGAAUGUAGGACAAGUCAGUGUUGGUGAAUUUGAACAAUCUUCUGCUGCUUCAGUCAGAGAAGAAGCAGGACUAGAGAAGCAGACAAGAUGAUGGUGGUCUUUGUAAACGUCUUCCUGCUCUGGUCUUUGUGUGUGGCAGAGUCCAGGGAAAUCUCUCAACCUGUUUCUGUAGAAACACUGAAGCUUGGCGACUCAGCGACUAUUAGAUGCUACAUAAAGAGUAUAUUGAAAAUAAGAGUGUGGUACAAGCUGACUAUGGGGAGAAAACUGCAGCUUGUUGCAACAAUGGAGCCUAACUAUAAUCGAAGUGUACUUGCUGAUGAAUUUCAACAGCGUUUUUCAGUCAAAUUUGACAACAUCAACAGUCAUCUGAGCAUAUCUACAACAUCAUGGGAUGAUGUUGGAACGUACUUCUGUGGAGUGAUGCACUUAAACGAUGUUCGGUUUGGGUCAGGAACCUUUUUGAUGCUGAAAGGUGUGAAGAUGAUCAGUGACUCUGUCGUCCAGCAGCCAGAGUCUGAAUCAGUCCAGUCAGGAGACUCUGUGACUCUCAGCUGUUCUGUUCGAUCUGAUCACUGCUCAGCAGAAAAUACUGAUGUUGUAUGGCUGAAAAACUCUGAAAAAUCUGCUCCAGAAAUGAUUUACUCCUCUGAAGAUCAGAACAGGUCCUGUCAGAGGACUGAGAGCGGACAGACCACCUGUGUGUCCAACCUCCUCAUGAAGGAGAUCAGCUCUGAAGAUGCUGGGACCUACCACUGUGUUGUGACUUCAUGUGGACGGAUACUGUUUGGAAAUGGGACCACCAUUAUUAACACUGACAGUGGACCGUUGGUGCUCAGCCAAACUGUUUUAGUCCUGAUGCUGUCAAACAUCAUACUUGGAACUGUGACAGUCCUCCUUAUGUGGAUGCUGUAUAAGACCCAGAGGAAAAACUCUACAGCAGGUGGACGGCCAUGUGACGUCAACCAGCCUAGUGAUGCUGUCACGUAUGCAGCUGUGUGUUCGGCCAACCGAAACCUCGUCCCCCGACCAGCUAGACUGAAGUACAGUGGAGAGUCUGUAGUUUAUUCGGAUAUCAGAAGCUGUCAACAGAGCCAAGAGCUGCCGUCCUGGGACUGAGGACAAAUGGGAUAAUCGAAUUAUAUUGUGUCUCA